UGAGAACCCACCUUGUCCUACAAGCCCGGACGCGCAGUUCUUCCCUGCGACGCAGUCCUUGCUUUAAGUUUCUCAAAUAUGGAACGGAUUAGCUACCCAUUACUGAACCUCUGAACAGCAAAAAAGGUCGAAAGUCACUUCCGGCAGCAAUGAUUUGGCGGUUUAUUUUGCUAGUAUUGCUGUUAUCAGGGAUAACCGCACCCGCAACUUUAACGGCAACAAGAACAGAAAACCGGUCAACGGGAGAUGCGCGUGGCGUUUUCUGGCCUGACGCAGCGGCGGAAGCUGAGGAUGGAGGAGGCCUUCUCCCGACGGCCGAGGACGAGUUCUUCGGCGGCUUUUCUGACUUACAGGGAAUGUUGCAGUGGGCAAUAGGCCAUUCUGAUCCAGCAAAAUUGAAGGAAACAGCUCAAGGUGUUCAAAAGUUGUCUUCUGAGGAGUUAAGAGCCCGCCAAAUAGAAUUACAGGAAUUCUUGGAGAAGAAUAAAUUGCCAUCAGAUGCAAAGUUAAUGCAGAUUGCAAUAGAUGACUUGAAAAAUUCAUCCGUGUCUUUGGAGGACAGAUUUCGUGCUUUGAAUGAGCUGUUGGAACUUGUUGAGCCAAUAUAUAAUGCAAACGAUUUGCACACUAUUGGAGGCCUUACUGUUGUAUUUGGAGAACUUAGUCAUCCAGAACCAGAAAUAAGGACUCUUGCAGCUGAGGUUCUUGGCAAGGCCAGUCAGAAUAACCUGAGCAUUCAGAAGGAGGUACUUCAACUUGGGGCUCUGGAAACCCUGGUGAAAAUGGCAAAGGCGCGUUCUAUUGAGGAAGCUACAAAAGCACUCUAUGCUAUUUCGGCAUUAGUUAGAAAUAAUUUAGACGGCCAAACACAAUUCUAUCAGGAAGAUGGAGAUGCUAUGCUUAUGGAUAUUAUCAACAAUUCAACUUUAGACAAAAGGCUACACAGGAAAUCAGUUUCUCUUGUUGCUGACCUGGCUGAAUCUCAAUGGGGAAGUGAACGUAAAGAAAAGCUGCAUUUUUUCGGCAAUCGUUAUUUCUUAAAAUCCUUGGUUGAUUUAGUAGUUUCGAGUGACCUGGAUCUCCAAGAGAAGACUCUUUAUGCAAUUAGAAACUUGUUACUCCUACAAUCAACGGAUGGUGCGGUUUUCAAAGACUUUUGCAAAUUGGACGUGGCACUUGAACGGAUGAGACUACAGUUGCUGCAACUAUCGGAGGAAGAAAACCAUAGAGAGUAUGCAGCAGACAUGGAAAGUCUUCGGAAAGAAGUAGAGCAGACUAUGUUUCAAAAACUUGAGAAGGUUACCCAAGUUCCUUCGUGAUUGAGCGGUUUUGAAAUCAUUGCAUAAUUUUAUGUACGAGUGAGAACAUGCCUGGCACAAAAAGAGAAUCUUUUUACUCAUGAAUGCCAGAAAAAGAAGACAAAUUCAGCCUCGUGAUUCAGUAUAUAUAUUUUGUUUUCUGGCAAACAACUAUAGUACCGUUUGGUUGGGGAGCAUUUUUUUUGUUUCCUUAUUUCAUGUUCUUUUAACCAGACUAAUAUUUGAUAGACUUAAGUAUAUGAUGUAUUCGUGGGGGUUUUCCUCUAAUUUUUUCAAAAUAGAAUUAUAUAAUCAUUAAUUCAUUAUAGACACGAUGAAAGUAUUAUUUGUCCCUCUAAAGAAGGGAAGAGUCUUAUUAGUCACUACACAAUACGGUUGAAUAUCAUUAUGACUCGAUUUCUAGUGGUCAUUUUUUUA